AUGUCAUUUAUUUUAUGAAGACUAAAAAAGAAAAGUGACACGGAGGGAGUGGUUUUUCCCAUUAUUUAAUAGGGUCAGAUUUCUUAUGUUUCCUUCAACAGUUCUCCAUUUCCCAUCAGCUCCUACCACCGUUCUCCCCGCCGAUUGAAUAGUUUUCCGGCCGGUUAAUUUGUGACGAUGAAUUAUCCCAAUAAUCUUGCGUCUCGAACUUUUUUUCCCGAAUCUCGUCGAGAAAAUUGGGUUACUCAGCGUCGCUUCAGUGAUGAGGUGAUGGAUUCAAAAGCCAGAACAGAGGAUGUUAUAAGUGCAAUACUGUCAGCAUCAGCAUCUCCUCCUUUCUUUAAUGGUUCACCGCCUAGCCGACCGAUGAAUCCAUUGAUUCAUGAUGUUCGCUUUGUAAAUUAUGGAAAACAAUUCAACGGUUCAUCAUCAUCAUCAUCAACAACAACGUCAAUCAGUGCAUCUACUUCCGUUUCAUGUGCAAAGCCAAAAUCACUUGGACAAAACACUCAAGCACCACCACCUAGAAUUGAGGGCUUUGAUUCCUCAAAACUCUCACCAAUAUGAAUGUUUGACUGCAAAAUAUGUCCUAUUAGAAAUAAAGUUUUCCAAAGUAAAAGAAGAAGACAAAAAACGAAGAGUUGUACAUUACUUAGCAAUCUAAGGAGUUCUCUUUCUUUCUUGUUUUUGGUUUUUAAUGUAAGGGGUUGAUGUAAGUGUUUUGUUGUGCUUAUUAUCUUCUGUAAAUGUAAUCAAGUGGGUUUUCACCACUUUUGACUAUUUGAAAAAUAUAUAAUAUUGUGCAGUUUCUUCUCCACCCAUCUGUAUACGGUUUUCGUGUGCAUCUUCAUUUCGCACAGAUCUCCAGGUUGUAAAUAUUAUCGCUUUCAUGGCACUGAUGAAUAUCUUGAUUAAGUUUUAUUUGCUCAAUUAGCAUAUAAGUUUUAGUUUGUGAUUUAGGUUCCUUUUCUUCGAAUUAUCAAUGAAGAAGGUUCUCUUCGAAAUUUUUUCCUUUUUUUUUCCUAAAUCAAUGAAGAAGAGGGAGACAUUAGUUAGGGUUCUUAAUGUUUCAACGAGAUUUGUCAGUUUCAUUGUGAAAAAAAAUAAUUAAAAUUUUGUAAUUAAUUUUCCAACAAUCACAAUUACAACUUCAUGAUUAAUUUCACAUUAGCACUGACAUUGCACACUAAGGCUAUUUCAGAAAAAUAAAAUUUUGAAAAACUAAUAUCAUGUAAAUAAAGAACCACCAAAUUGAACUAUAUAUUUUCAAUAAAAACAAACUAGAAUUAUUUAUAGCUUGUAUGUUUUAAGUAUAAAACAAAAUUAGCACAUACUCUAGAACCUUCACUGGUGCCACGUUUGUAUGCAUGCAUAAGCUACCUCUAAACUAACCAAAAAAAUAAAAAGGCAAAGUUUCGUAAAGUUCA